CCCUGAGGUGCCUGCUGAGGUACGCUUUGCGGCCCGCCUCUGUGGUCGUCCCUCGUUUACAGAGCAGUGUCGACAAGUGUUGGAAACAUCACAAAACAAGAAAGAUGUUUGCAGCUUUAAAAUAUCACUCAACAGACUAUUUAUAUGAGAGCGUGGCAAGGCAAAAGUAUUCCAUCUGUAGAUUAUCACUUUGCUUUCCUCCCAAUUUACGACAACAUAAAAAGUAUCAUCUGACUGGACUUUUUGCUCAUGAUAAGUAUAGGAGGCCCUGGACAAGAGUUACUUCAACACAGAACGUAAUUGCUGUUUCAGUAUUGGAUGAAUGGAAGAAAAGUUUAUCUGUGGAAGAUUUCCUGGAAAGGAAACCUAUCAGUUCUGUAGGGUUCCAUAUCAAUAAUAAAUUAAUGGAAGUUAUUCCAAGUUCAAAUCCCAACUCUCAGACUGACACAGAAACACAUUAUUUACUCGAGAAGGUUGUUUGUAAGGAAAUAUCAACUCAAGAGAAAUUUUUGAAGACCGACUGUGCCACUGAACUUAAGGAACAGUGGCAAGAUCUGCAUGUUGGAGAUGAAUUUGUUUUUGUUGAUCAUCUGGAAAACUAUCAUAAAAAACUUCCUGAUUUAUCUACACUUUUGGGCAGACUAAAAUUUUUUUGUGUGAGAGAUCCUUUUUUAGAUUCUGAAGGACAGAAUAUAACAGAAGAGAAGAUUUUUAGGGUUUGUUUGAGUUUCCAAAAUGAAAUAGAAAUGCUGGAGAGUAAGAAAGAAUUGCAAGGCAUUAAGGAGGACUUCUGUACAACAACAUUAAAAGAUAAAGAGUAUUUCAUGUUGCCUUUUGAGUUAGAAUUCUGGAAAAGCAGCAGUAGUCAAUCAGAUUGUAUUAAGAAUCCAUCAUAUUUGAAAUUGAAGGCGUUAUUAAAUUUAACUCCAGAAACUAUGGCUGAUGAAAAUAUGUGUGAAGAGCUGAUCAAAGAAGAUCUCAAAGAAGAAAUUGUGAACAAAAUUGAAGUUUCCAAAUACCGUCCUACUUCAGCAGUUAGCUCCAAUGACAGCAUAAGUAUGUUGGAAAUCUCUGAAUCAGCCAACCACAUCUCAUAUCUGAAAGAUGAAAUGGAAGUACCUUUAACUCCUCCGUGCAAACAACAAAGAUCGCAGGUGAAUUUUCUAUGUGUAGGACUUCAAGAAGAACUUAAUCUUCUUGUUGAUGACAGUAUUUUGAUUACAGAGUCCUGUAGGGAAUACUUGGACUCUUUGGUAUGGCAGUCAGAGAAGUACUGGGAUAAUGUGAGCUGCCUUUUACUUGUUGAGCAUCAGAGCUUUAAGCUUGAAUAUCAGCACCAUUCUGUCACAGAACUAAAGAAAAUGCUGGCAAUUGAUGUAGAAACACCAAUGCUUAUCUCACUAGAGGAGGACUGGUGGCUUCAUAUGGGAUUAGAUCUGGUCUGCGUUGAUACUUUGGAGCAAUUAAAGAGGGAUUCCAGUAAUACAAACAGUUGGCUUUCUACAGAAGUAGAAACGUUCACACAAUUUUCUGCACAUCAGUUAGAAAGAUGGCCUGAAGAGAGGAAUUCCAUGUCAGAUCAGGAAUUGCUUUCUGCUGAAGGACAUCAGAUGGAUGAAGAAACUGAUCUUUGCACGUCACCUCAGACCAAGAUGCAGCACUUUGGCCUGCCUAUAAAUGCUGCAUCUUCUCUCAAAAUAGAUAGAACAAAUACAUCUCUGGAAAAUGUUACUGGAGGAAAUAUACAAAAGAGUAAGAAAGAGGAGCCUAUUUAUUUCUUAAACCGAGAAGAGAAGACAGACAAAUCAGUUGUGUCUGUCAGCUGUAGAGACGUGCCUUUUAAACAACAUAGCUUUUCUGAGGGUCAAAAGCCUGCAUCAUUCACACUUGAUUCAAAAUGGGACAGUGAUGAUUCUGAUCUGAACAACUUUAUAAUGCUAAGGUGUAAACACACAAUCACUCAAAGACAGGAGAAGAAUGAUGUAGAGAGUCCUGAAAAAGUGCUACAGCCUGAAGAACUACAUUUACCUGAGCACAAAGAGGACAGUGCUGUUUGUGAGCCUGUAAGAACAGAGAAAAAAGAACAAGAGAAUGACAGCAGAGUCGUCAUCAAAAUUCAAGCAUCAGAAAACCAAUGCCAGGCAUACUGUCUUUUGAAGGGAGCAGCCACUUCUGCUUUAAAAGAUUUGACAAGUCUGGGUGUACUUGCUUCUGUAAGUUGGAGCUUUGAUAGCAUUAAAUUUGAUCACACAAGAUUUUUCCUAAAACAACAGGAGAAGGUGAUAUGUGAUCAUUUUAAAGAAGGUAAAGUAGACGAGAAAGAGAUCAUGCUGUUCAGACACGCUGCUCUGGCGCAUCUGCUGGUGACAGGUCGAGACCUUCUGUUAACAUGUGGCUUGGACACAGCACUAGGAUAUUUGUCUAAAGCAAAGGAUAUCUAUAAAAACAUCUUAGAAUCCUGUUUGAAUAAUAUCUGGAGGCAGCUGAAGAUUGUACAAUACAGCAGCCAGAAAAAGCACGAAUCCAAUCCCAAACUAACAGAGCUUCAGAGUCAGAUGUUAAAUUGGAUGCAAACUUAUGCAGAGGAACACAGUGUUAAGAUACUAAUCAUAACAAGAAUGGACUCUGAGAGAGAAAAAGCAGCUCUUAUUCACACUGUAUCUAGAGUAGAAGGUUUAAAAGCAAUUGAUUUGAAUUCUGAGGAAAAAGGAAACAUUCUGGGUUAUAAAGAUAUCAUAAGCAAUAGAUAUGCCUGUGUUAUUAUACAAAAUCAGAACAUUGGAGCUGACUUCCCUUGGAGACAUUUCUCAUUAGUGAUAGAAUAUGAUUAUUCUGAAAACUCUUGCUGGAAAAGACUGUGUGAAAAUCUAAAUAUUACUUACAUGACUUUUAAAACCAUCCUCCCUGAAGCAGUGCAAAUGGGGAAUCACUGUGGUUCAUUUCUUCUGGAGGUACAGAUUCCUUAUGUGUUUUUCACCACUGAAGGUCUUCUUAAUAUGCCAGAUUUUCUUCAGCUUUUGGAAUCUCACUACAGCAUUACUUUUGUUGAAAGAAGCUGCAGUUACUCCUUAAGGCUGCUUGGAGAUACAGACCGAUAUGUUGUGUUGACGAUAGAUGAAUGUACUGCUAUCUUCUUGCAGAAUAUGGAUGAAUUAAGUAAUGAGAAAUCCUGCGACAAUGUAAUAUUGAAGCUGACAGCAUUAUCGCUCCAAUAUACGUGCUGUUGGGUUGUUUUCUGUUCCAGAGAAAGACUGAGUUUGGAGUACAGUCUCAGGGGAGAUACUCUUCUCAGCCUUGUCUUAAUUUAUGCCGCUUUGAUAGAAUUUACGCAGAAAUCAGAAGACUUCGAAGUGAAGGUAGUCCUUACACCAGGGAUUGAAGAGGCAGCACUGCUGAUUCGUCAAAUAGCUGACAAUAUUUUGAUGACAUCUAGUUUCAGUCCUCAUGAAUGGCUGGACAGAUCUUGGCUUUCUGUCUUGCCAUCUGAGAUGGAGAAAUGCUUGCUUACUUUUCCAUGUAUCAACCCUCUGGUUGCUCAGUUGAUGUUAAAGAAGGAAUCUUCUUUGAACAGGCUUUUUCUUGCAAGCUUUGAUCAACUUCAGGAAUUCCUACCAGAGGUUCCAAAAAAAGUCCUAAAGCAUUUUAGUGACAUUACUUCUUCAUACAGCCCAAAUGCUGCUGCUCCACUGAAAACAGCAGUGAAACAUGCAUCACCUCCAGAAAACUGGAAUACCUUUAAAAGACUCUAUCCAGAUUAUAAGCAAAAUUGUCAGUCUUUAGAGUUGCUACCUAAAGCACAAACCAGCACAGGGCCAUCUCAUGUGAAUUCUGAAGCCACAUUUCUUCCAUUGAAAAAUAAACAAGGUUUCAUUGACUCUGACCUUUCAAGCUGUAUGCAUGAGAGACCGUGUUUUUCAGAAGUAGUUCCAGAAAGGAAACAGAAUUUCUUUGUUGUACCAAAAGGCUGUGAAGAUUUUGCUCAUCUAAAUGCUAUGAAUUCUUUUUAUGUUAAAGGUCAGGCUUUCAGGACACACUGUAUCUCUGACCAUUCCUCCAAAAAUUCUGAAAAAGAUUUCUUUACAACUUUCAGUGACUGUAUACCUCACAACAGCUCGACAGCUUUUCUGGAAGAAUUUAGAGGCACAACAUUUAAGAGCCUGGAAGUUCUCACUGAUGAGACUCCAUGGAAUGACAUUUCAUCCACUUGCGCAUACAAUUCGUUUGCACCUAACUUUAUUCACUCUGAUUCCCUUGUUGAUCCAGAUGAAAUUCAAAGUCUGUGUUUCCAAAACCAAGGUCAAGAACCUUCAGGAAGGGGACAGAAAGGUCCACCAUUCUUAUGGGCAAAAGGAAAAAAACUAACAGAUUCAGGAUUUGAAGAAGUACCAAGGAUCAAAAAAAGGAGACUGAUGUAUGAAAGAGUCCCUGGAAGAGUUGAUGGACAAACACGUCUUAAAUUCUUUUGAAUGGAAGGGUGACUUACAUGCCACAUUUUUUUUUUUCCCAAUCCUUAAACCGUUUGAGUGGAAAUGUAUUAAAUUAUUAUUUUUUGAUGUUCAUUUUUUAAAGAGAAAUUAGUGUUGGGGAUUUCCUACUAAAUAAAGAUUUCUUUUUUUAGUUCUCACUAAACAAACUGGUUCCUUUAGCCAGGAGAAUUAUUGCUGUGAAUACUUACCCGUCUGUUCAUAUAAAUCGUAUAAAGUUACUUUGUUGUUCUUUAUUAAAAAAAGAAAAAAGAAAAAGCAUGCUGAAGCACACUGAGUUUUCAAGUGACCUAUGUUUCCUCCCUGAGCAUGCAGGCUUCCAUGUUCUAUAGGAGGACUGAAUUCACCUGAAUCUCAAAACUGAUGAUAAAGUCUUAGAAAUUCCUUGCAUAUAAAGCAAGAGAUCUUUCUAUUGUCCUUUGGGUUCAGUUCCACUUCAUUCCUUCUGACAGCUCCUCUGGAAGCCCUGUGAUGUUAUAAGUUCCUUUAUGGCUUGAGUGUGGCUUUACUCAUAACCAACCUUCAGGAAGAACACAUUUGUUUUAUCUACAGCACAUGAAAGAUAGUUGAAGUUGAUGAUUCUCAUAGAUUUGAUUCAGAAAAUAACACUGUGACUCUAGCUUUCCACAUAAUCAAGUGGAGGCUGUUGAUGUACCCAUUUUUCUGCCAGAUACACUGCUUCUGUGUGAAAGAAGAUGAGAAUCAUCUCGGACACAAUACCAGAAAUGUCAGACUACAGCAAGAAAGGAUAGGAGAUUAAACAACAAAAAAGUCAUCUCAGUUGCAAGCUACAGAAGGGAGAUGUGUCCAGCUCCCCACUCUCCAUCAAAGGAUUUGACAACAGAGCUAGAGAUAUUUGUGGAGGCAGUGGUAGAGAGUAACUCCAUGCUGCUGCUGCAAUGCAUAGUCUGCCAGCUUCAGAAUAUUAGUGUCUGUUCAGAAGCCUUCCAUUCAGAUGAUUCAGUUUUCUAACUCUCUCUCUUUUUUUAAAGUUUAAUGCAGUAAUAAAAAAAAAACAACCCAUAUGUAUGGUUUAGGCCCGCAGUAAAAUAAUUUCUUGAUAUUGAGUGUUCAUUAAGAACGUAUUCGUUAUCUGGAUAAAUACAACUAGUUCUUAGAGGAGCAGCUUUGAUUUCUCAGUGAAAACGUGACUCUGAUUGUUAACUGAGAACUCCUAGAAGUGUGAUGACAGUUCCAGGAGUAAUUGUAGUUGACAGUAAUAUCCACAGGUUAUUUGUAUCCAGACUCUUUGCAGGAUUUCAAAAAAUACUUUUCAUGUGUAGUAUAACAAAGUGUUUUGUAGGAUUGUAAAUUUGCCAGUGUUUCCAUGUUUGACCAUGUUUUGAAAGUAGCUACUAAAAUAAAAGUUGCAGUUUGCUCGCUAUUUCUGGCCCAUUUUUGUGGUUGCUUGACCU